UUGUAAGGAAACGUUGGUGUUAGUUAAUGCAUUAGUAAAUUUAAGUAAACUUCAAGUUUCUACCAGCUUUGAUAAAUUUGUUUAUAGGGUUUCAAAUAUAAAUAUGUGGUGAAAGUAUAAGCUAUUAAUUACGACGUUUCUUUGUCAACAUAAAUCAUAAACACAUUAUUAAUAAUUAAUAUAAAUACACUUUAGACGAUUUAUCUGCUGAUAUUGUUAUCUUAUAAAAAUUAUUAAUUUUUCUGAAAUUUACUAAGUCAGAAAAUACACCCACAAUAAUAAAAACUUUCUAUAGUAAUAAAUAUACUACAUAAAAUGAUAAGGAAAGAUAAUCUCAGCCAAGAAAAUGUUGAUAAUUAUGGUUGUGAAAGUGAUGAAGAUUAUCGUGGUGCAUUCAAAACAAAUCAAAAUUUCCAAUCUAGUGUAAACAAUUUAACAGAAGAUCAAUCAAUCACAUCAGAAACCAGUACGAGACCAAUUACUGAACCAUGUGAAGAAACAUCGGGCCUGUCUCCAUUCUCUUUUCAUAAUGAAAAUCGUAUGAGGAGGAAAUUACAAUUUUUCUUUAUGAAUCCUAUAGAAAAAUGGCGAGCUAAACGGCGAUUUCCUUAUAAAUUUGUAGUUCAAGUAGUCAAAAUUGUACUUGUAACAAUGCAAUUGUGUUUAUUUGCGCACUCGCGUUAUAAUCAUGUUAAUUACACUGGCGACAACCGCAUUACAUUUUCACAUUUGUUUUUAAAAGGUUGGGACUCCUACAUGGAAGUUGAAGCAUAUCCUCCGUCAGCUGGUCCACUAGCAAUAUAUGAAAAAUCAGAAUUUUUUGAAACAAUCGAUUACGCUACUAUAGGAUAUUCAAAUUUAUCAAGAUCUAUUGGGCCUUAUAGUUAUCCUUCGUCUGAUAAUACGAUGGCACCAAUGAAACUUUGCUUAUACACAUAUCGUGAAGGACAGAUAUUUGGAUUUAAUGAAAGUUAUGUUUUUAAUCCAGAAAUAGACAAACUAUGCGUGAGUUUAACAGAAGAUGUUACUCGAAGUGGUGUUGAAGUUUUUCUCAAAUCAAAAGAUAUUGUAGUAAAUUUCUCAGCUUUAGUAAAAGCAACAUUAAGAUUUGCUAUUAAAACAGUCAAUUUCAAAGCUUAUGGUCCAUUUUCAGCUCCAGACUGUUAUAAAUUUAACAUUGAAAUAAUUUUCGAUAAUGGAGAUCAUGACGGGCAAACAUUGAUAUCUUUAACGGCAGACGCUCUGCGAUUGUAUUGUAAAGGCGAUGUUAAAUAUGUAAUGCAAUCGAGUAUUGACUCUAUACUAAGGAGUGUUUUAAAUUACUUUGUAAUAUUAAUAUGCGUGAUAUCAUUUUCACUUUGUGCGCGUGCCAUUUAUCGUGCACAACUGCUGAGGAUUCAAACACAAAAUUUUUUUUGGGUUACAUACAGAAAACCUCUGAGUUUUGAUGGAAAAAUGGAAUUUGUUAAUUUUUGGUAUAUCAUGAUUUGCUGUAAUGAUGUUCUUUUGAUAAUUGGAUCGGCACUUAAAGAACAAAUCGAAAGGAGAUUCACUGAACGUGAUAGUUGGGAUAUUUGUUCUGUUUUUCUAGGAAUAGGAAACUUAUUAGUUUGGUUCGGUGUUUUGCGGUAUUUGGGUUUUUUCAAAACAUACAACGUAGUGAUAUUAACACUAAAAAAGGCUGCUCCAAAAAUAGUUCGUUUCUUAUUAUGUGCCUUAUUGAUAUACGGUGGAUUUACAUUUUGUGGUUGGUUAGUGCUUGGGCCAUAUCAUAUGAAAUUUCGUUCCUUAGCGAUGACAUCCGAGUGUUUGUUUUCUUUAAUAAACGGUGACGACAUGUUUGCAACAUUUACAACAAUGUCAAAUAAAUCACAAAUGUUGUGGUGGUUUUGUCGAAUUUAUUUAUAUUCGUUUAUUUCACUAUAUAUAUAUGUUGUUCUAUCGUUAUUUAUAUCAGUUAUAAUGGAUGCGUAUGAUACAAUCAAGCGAUAUUACCGUGAUGGGUUUCCACAAAGCGAUUUGAAGCAAUUUGUUGGUUCAAGUAGUUUGGAAGACUUAACUUCAGGGAUAUUUCAAGAAGAUUUUGAUGAUUUUGGUAAUGAUUCAAUGUUCGAUAUAUUGAAGAAGAUAUUUGAUUGCUGUAAAAGAAGAGAUCCAUCUCCAGGACCAACCGGCUAUACUUCGUUAAAUAAUAAGACGAACAUAUCGGGCACGCAACAUUCACAAAGUUAAAAAAAAUUUCCAAUAUACAUAUGUAUGUAUUUUAGUGAAAUUUAAAAAGCUUUUACCAAAAAAAAUUUUCGUUGAUAUAUUUAGGAACAUUAGAAUUAAAUAUAAUUAAAAAACAAGUAAAAUGUAUUAUGUAAUAUAUAUUAUAUGAGUCAGCUGAAGUGAAUAUAUUCCUGUAUAUAAUUGCAUUAGUAUCAAGCUCUCAAAAAUAAUAGUAGCAAAUACGAAUUUUAUUACAGAUUGUAGCAGAUUGAACAAAGUUACAUAGAUACUAUGCGGGAUACUAUUUUAUCUCGAUUUUUUUCCCAACCAAUAGAAGUUUUAUCUGCUAUUUAGUAAAAGCAUUUUUACAUAUCUUAAAAAGAAUCUCAUUUAGUGUUUUGAUUUAAAAUUUUAAUUUUGUUUUUAAAUUAAUUCGUUAAACACUAACAAAAACUAUUGUGUGAGUAUGUAUUUAUAGUAAUCAUAAGAACUACUUUACCAUUUAAAAACAUUUUUGAUUAUUUCAAUGUUAACAAAAAAAGCAAUGUUAAAAACUGAAAUAUCCAAAAAUUAAGUUUAAAGCUUUUGGAUUCAAAGUUCUCGCAUUGUGAUUAUUCUUGUGUUAAAAAACUUAGCGUUUAUUCCGAAACUUUGUUACUGGUUUGAAAGUAUUAAAAUAACUUAAGAUAAUAAAUUAAUAUAUGAAUUUAUAAAAUAUAAAAUGAAGAGUUAAAACAAAAGUUAUUUUGCUUUGUUUUGCAACAGUGGAUUAUUAUGCAUUAUUUUUGUGAUAAAUGUGUACAAUUCUAGAAAAUAGUUUUGUUUUUAGAAAAGAUAAAAUCAUGUGGAUGUAUCAAUAAAAUAUUAAAUAU